CUGUGUGUUGCAUAAUAAUCGCGGGUUAUAAACACAGCCAUGAGCAGCUGGUGAACCGCGCAGGCUGGAAAUAAAGCGGCUUUGGGAUUAAACCGGAACCUCAGAGAGCUGCAGGAUCCGCUGAGUCUCCGCCACAGCGACAUGUUCACAGCUAACAGCGGGUGAAGUGGAAUUGUAGAGGUUUAAUGAAAUAAUUAAAGGUGAAAUGGCGCUCAGGAAGACGUACAUCAGUGUGGGUUACUCCUGUGUCGGGGUCCUGGUGGGAUUUUCUGCUUUCCUGGUGUGGAACAUCGUCUACAGACAGCCCUGGACCUCCGCCAUGGGAGGAUUAUCAGGGGUGUUGGCGCUCUGGAGCCUCAUCACUCACGUCAUGUACCUGCAGGACUACUGGAGAACGUGGCUGAAGGGUCUGAAGUUCUUUCUGUUCGUGGGCGUGUUUUUCUCCGUGCUCUCCUUCAUCGCCUUCUUCUGCUUCCUGUCGGUGGCCGUCUCGCGUAGAGAGUCGCUGAAGGACCCUAACAGCCUGUACCUGUCGUGUGUGUGGAGCUUCAUGAGUCUGAAGUGGGCGUUCCUCCUGAGCCUGUACUCUCGCCGUUAUCACAAAGAGUUCGCCGACAUCGCCAUCCUCAGCGACUUCUAACACACACACACACACACACACACACACUUACGCACACACACUCAAGCAUGAACACACUUAUCUCACAGGUUGAACAGUUCUCGCUUCUGUUUUUAUAACGCUGUGAGGAUGAAGGGGUGAUGAGCGGUUGUUGUGAAGAGAUUAAAGGAAAACUCCAGCGUUUUUUAUUAUUAUUAUUAUUAUUAUUAUUAUUAUUGUUAUUAUUUUAUCCUUAUCUCUCUCUCCGCUGUAUCUGUAACGUAUGUGAUUACAGCAUGGAUGAGAAUUUCAUCACGUUUCCCUGCACUGAUGGGAAAAAAAAAAACAGAAAACGUGUUUUACGUCAAACUCUUUUCUAACAGAAGUCAAGGGGCAGAUGUUUAAAGUGGAAAUCUUCUCUUAAAGCUGUUUAACUGAGUAAGAGCGCAGAUCCUUAGCGAUAGAUUUCAUGAUCUUUUUUAGCACUUUAUAUUUGCACUUUAUUUUAUCUCUGAUUAAAUCGAGUGCCUGUUCAGGGGAUCCCUGGUUAUCCACAGCAGCCUGCUAACGCUAGUUAUCCUGCUAACGCUAGUUAUCCUGCUAACGCUAGCUCCAGGAGGAAACGAUAUGAUUUCUUAUGCUGAGUUGCCAAAGUAUGUAAACUUUUUUUAAUCCCUUCAGCUUCAUAAAACCAGAAAUGCUCCCAAAUUCCAUCUUUUAAAGACGAAAGUGCUGAUUUCACGUCUUGGCGUGGAAUGUUCUGACUGUUUGCCUUCUCCGAUGAAAUCUCUCCCUCUCUCCUUCUGCGUAGCUCUACGUCUGUGUAGCUACACAACUUCUGGAAUCGGCUGAAUUUUAAACAAACAGAAGUUAAAGAGUUUGGUACGAAUUUUGCUUUUAAUGAUCAAUUCUUAAGUUUCUUUUGCGUCGAUGUAGAAUCUUUAAGAAACGCAUCGCAACGCAUCGUACAACUUCCCUCACCUUUAAUAACGCCUUGUGGUUACCGUAAAACCCUUAACACACACACACACACACACACACACACACACACAAGUUUCUACUUUAGACAAGCGCUUUGUGAAAGAAUGAUUUUAAAAAUGUACGACGUUUCUCCUACGCUUUAUUCCUCUUCAAGGCUGUCAGGUCUGUUUGGUAUAAAAUGAGUAUAAAAUACCACAAAACCUUCAGGAAAGUGUAAACUUUGACCCGGAACUACUUUUUACUUCACUACUGUGUUGCUGCAGUGUGUGAAAGUUGAAGAUAAAUGUCCAUAAGUGCAGAUUUGUCUCAUGCUAUAGUUAUAUACUUAAAUGUGUGUGUGUGUGUGUGUUAUAGUCGCGUAAUUUAAAUGUUUAAAUGUUUAUCACUGUAAUUCAGCAGCUGCCCCUAGACUUCCAUUAUGGCUGAAUUGGCAGUAAACUGUUUUGUUUUCUGUUUUCUUUUUUUUGUUUUGUUUUGUUUGGAAAGGUGUUGAAAUUUUUGUAUAUAUUAUAUUGUAAUUUUACACACACACACCCACACACACACACACACACACACACAAACAGUGCUUUAGGAUUAUCGGAAAAAAAAACAAAAACGCUGGAGUUGUCCUUUAAUGCAGGUUGUAUGACGUUUGAUAGAUUUUAUUAGCGUGACGCUGCCGGGUGCUUUAAUCUACUUUUAUAUAAUCGUGUGAUGAACCUAGGGGGCAUUUCUAAGCCUUUGGCAGUUAAAAAUUGUCAAAAAAAUGAAGACAUUAAUUUUUUUUUUCGCUUUUUAAGAAAGGCGUGGCUACGGAGCGUUGCUGGUGAUGUCACUACUUCAUAAAAAUACUGCGUGACCGUGAGUAAGAUAAUUAAAUAUGGCGUGAUCGUCGUGUUGUGACUACAGUCUGGAGUGUGUAUAUAUAUACACAAGGUUUUACGGUAACCAUGGUGACUGUAGCAUGUAUAUGGACAUGACUGUGUACGCAAUGUAGAGGUUAGAAAAGUUCACAUUUUAGGUUAUGAAUUAUUAUUAAUUACUGUAUGUAAUAUUUUUUUCUUAAAACAUAGAAACAUCUAAAAGAUAGAAAACAUCUGUUCUGUAGACUACAAUGUCAUAGUUUCGUUUUAUUGAAGCUAUUUUUCCGUGUAUAAUUUUCCAAUUUGUCUCAGUAAAUGGAUUUCAUACUAAAGAACAAUUCAUUACACAUCGUACUAUUAAUAAUUUGUCUAUUUUAUUUUCUGUUUCCAUAAAAAUCGAUUGCUUUAAUUGAACAAACUUGCGCAAAGUGAACAUUAUAUUUUUAUAGGAAAAGAUGUUGCAUACAGAAAUUAAUGAGAAGGUGUGUGUGUAACCUUUUCUAGUGUCUACUAGCUAAACUUAGCUAGCUUAACUAAUACAGCUAGUCAGGUUUUUACCUCCCCAGGCACCUGGUGUUUACCGUAAAACAUCGUAUAUAUGUGCACUUCUGUUUGGAGGAACAAAAACAACGAUCACAGCUUAUUAAGACGUAGCUGCAAUUAAUUAUCUUGGCUGCACGCAUUAAUAAAUCGUGGCCACGCAUUAUUUAUUAGAGGUGUAACGAUUCGAUGAUUUGAAGCGUUGCGUUGAUUUUUACAAGGCAACAAACAUAAAUCGAUUAUUAUCAAAAAAGGACAGACAAGUGAUGUGUAAAAAAUAAUUCAUAUUUUGAAAUUGAUUAAAUUAUUUAAUAGACUCGCAACACUAUUUAGCCGUAAUUGAGUCACGUAUCGAUCAGAGGAUAAUUAAUCGCGUCGUAUCGUCAAAUCGAAUCCUUGCCUUAUGAAUCGUAUCGUAACGUGCAGAAGCGUGAAUUUUACACCCGUAUUAUUUUAUCACCAGCGCGGUUCUGAACGCAUCGUAUCCGGGAUCAUUGCAUUACGAUAAGGAUUGUGGAGAUGCGUAAUAAUUUUAACGUAUUUUUUAUUUCCGGUGUAUUUGUGCCUGUAUAUUAAUCUCAGCUCCAGAACGCAGAAUUCAGCGCCGCAGUAACACGACUGAGUGAAUAUUGUUGGCUGUUUGUCAACUUCGUAAGUAAAAAUGUCGUUAAACACGUUAAUGUAGCGAAUCAUUUGAAGUGCGAAUUUUACCACGUAGCUCAUAUCAGUCAUAAGCGCCGCAAGUUUCAGUCACUCGUAUUUGUUUUUCUGAUUUUACGAGGAGAACAAAUAUAAAUGUUUUAUUGUUAUUAAUCCUAUGAAUAAUGUUUGUGUGUCUUUCUAUACGUUUCUGCGUGGACAUCAUGUUAAUAAAACACUUUUAUUCAAAUUA